AUGGACGGCGACGACGUGGCUUAUUGCAUGCCGGAAGGGCCGUUGUUCCAGCGAGCUUAUGUUCGAGUCCAUGGGUACAUAGCACUGCUCAUCUGUCUCUUGGGUAGCGCUGCCAACUCUGUUAACAUUGCCGUGCUCAGUAGAAAAGAAAUGAUCUCAUCGACGAAUUCUAUCCUGACCGGACUGGCAGUCGCCGACUUGCUCGUCAUGAUAGACUACAUUCCCCUGGCGCUACACAUCUAUACAGAUAUAUGUGCAGAACUCAAUCGAAAUUCGUAUGCGUGGGCUGUUUAUGUAUAUUUUCACUCCAUAUUCAGCCAAACAUUUCAUACGAUAUCUAUUUGGUUGACGAUCACGCUCGCUGUCUGGAGGUUCAUAGCAAUAAAAUUUCCUCAAAAAAAUAGGACGUUAUGUAACAAGAAGAACACAAAUAUAGCUAUAGCUGUGGCGUACGCCGUGUGUCCGAUACUGUGUCUUCCCAUUUAUUUUGCUAUGAAAAUUCGAAUAAUUCCUUCAAAGCAUGGACAUGAUAACACGACGCUGAACGAUACAGACUUCAUAUUAAACGUUACGGAGAGUAAAGAGCCUGAGUACGCCAUAGUAAUGACUGAAAACGAAGAGCUGCUCACCGCUAUCUUCUGGAUUUACAGUGUAUUUAUAAAACUUAUCCCAUGUGUAGUGUUGUCCAUACUAAGUGUGUUGCUCAUUCUCAAAAUGAAAUCGAGUGAUCGCAGAAGACAGAAGUUAUUGAAAAAAUCAGCAAUAACAAGUAACGAGGGUGAGAAAGCUCGGUUAAACGAGGACGGUGGGAAGCGAGGAGGUGGCGGUGGCGGCGGCCGGACGGAUCGUACCACGAGGAUGUUGGUUGCUCUACUCGGUCUCUUCCUCGCCACGGAACUACCACAAGCUAUCUUCGGCCUACUCACCGCCAUAGCUCCGCAUCUCUUCAAAGUCUGUUACUACGCCUUCGAUUCAUGUUAUCUUGGUGCAGGCGAGGUGAUGGACUUGAUGGCGCUGGUGGGGUCUGCAGUGAACUUCGUGCUGUACUGCAGCAUGAGCCGGCAGUUCCGCUCCACGUUCACGAGGCUGGCGCGGAAGGUGUUGCCGCUGGGCACGCAAGGCGAGCCAGUCACCGCGCUGAAGGCGUAG